AUGAAAACUAUUAUGUCGAAUUAUGUACAAUUAGUGUUUCUUUCCGCUAAAUAAACUUAAGAAAACUAGAACAAUAUUAUUUAUUAACGGAGCCUACAGAAUCAGAAGUGGGAUUACGUGGAUCGCCGAUAUUUUUGCAGAUUUAAAAAUUGUGUUUAGUAUUGACGAUAGCCAUGCCGGGAUCAGACACCGAAAUUGAAAAUACAAGCGAGUAUAGCUGAAAUUGUUAGGAAAUUAGGAGAACUUAUGAUCCAGUGUCGUCGAGAAGAAAGAUGGAGACUAGAAGGUGGAAAAAGAGUGAAAGCUUUUCAGCAUAUUUCCAUGACAAACUGUUACUGGGCAACGAAGCAGGAGUUGAGGAUGAAGAUAUGAUACAUUAUCUGAUUGAUGGGUUUGAUGAUCGCCUACUUCAAAAUCAAGCCAAAAUGAUGUUAUCCACACUCAAUAGCACUGAAGAUUUAUAUAAGUUAAUGGGGAGUGUUGUUAAAGAUGAGGUAUCAGGAAGUGGACAAAGGUUUGCUACAGCAUCAAGUUAUAGGGUAAGUUCUAGCCAGAACCAACCUCAUACAGCAACACAGGGUCGGAUGCCAGUUCCUGUAAAAUGCUUUAAUUGUGGUCGUACCGGACACAAAGUGACAGAGUGCAGACAAGCCAAGCGUGAUAGGGGAUCAUGUUUUAGAUGUGGAAGCAAAGAUCAUAUGGUAAGAGACUGUCCUAAUAGAAACCAGCAAGUGGUGCAACAAGUUGCAGAUUCAACUACCCGAGAUAGUAAUGGAGCCAUGGGUCUAGUGGAACGUCCUAUGAGCCAAACGGAUCCUUUUGUAUUAAACCUGGUUCUAGAUAAGUAUAGCAUAACAUUAAAUGGUAUAAUAGAUACAGGGAGUCCAAUAUCAUUGAUAUCAGAAAAUUUUGUAAAGGCAGAAGAUAUUAUUUCUUCUACUAAUCUUGAAUCUUAUUCAGGUAUAAAUAAAUCUCCUUUAAAAGUGUUAGGGUUUUUUUAUGACACAGUUAUUUUUGAUGACAUAUCAGUAAAUUUAAAAUUUUAUGUUGUUGAGAAAGAUUCUUUUAGUUGGAAUCUACUUUUGGGUCGAGAUUUUAUAAACAAUGAAUCCAUAGAAAAUAUAAGUUUUUCAAAUGGUUCUUUUAAAAUAAAUAAAAACUCUUGUGUACAAACAGAGGAGGACUAUCAGUUUCCUUUUACAGAUGUUUUGUUUAUUAACGAUAUGGUAAAUUUAGAUGCAGACUUGAAUAUUAAUUAUUGUUUACCUUUUGAAAUAACUACUAGUGUUCAAACUUUAUUGAAGUCAUAUUACUUUGAUUAUGAUAAACCAUUAAAACCACAGUGUGAUUUCAAAGCACAGCUUAUUUUAACUAAAAAUGAACCUUUUAGUAUCAGACCACGUAGACUAUCUUAUGCAGAGAAAAAGUCAUUGGAUGAAAUUCUUGCUAAUUUAUUAGAAAAUAAUGUCAUUAGGGAAAGUGAUUCACCUUUCUGUUCACCAGUAGUAUUAACCAAGAAGAAGUCAAAUGAAUAUCGAAUGUGUGUAGACUAUCGUACUUUAAAUAAAUAUCUUAUUAGAGAUCAAUUUCCCUUGCCGCUAAUAGAUGAUCAUUUAGACAGGUUAAAGAAUAAGAAAUAUUUCUCUAAAUUGGAUUUGAAAAAUGCUUUUUACCAUGUUCCUUUAGAUGAAAGUUGUACUAAGUAUACUUCAUUCGUUACACCUUCAGGUCAGUAUGAAUUUCUUAAAUUACCUUUUGGUUUGAGCUCAAGUCCCUCUAUUUUUGCAAGGUUUGUUAAUAAAAUUUUUAAAGAUUUGUGCCAACAAGGAAAUGUUUUAAUAUAUUUUGAUGACAUAUUAAUUGCUACUCAGACUAUCGAAGAAAAUCUAGAAGUAUUAAGAGAAGUUUUAAUAUUAGUUAGCCAGAAUUUACUUGAGUUAAGACUAGAUAAAUGUUCAUUUUUGAAAACAGAAAUAGAUUUUCUGGGUUACAGGAUUAAUGAAAAUGGUAUAUGUCCUAAUAAAGAUAAUGUGAAAGCUAUUGCAGAGUAUCCAGUUCCUACAGAUACCAAGCAGGUGCAUAGAUUCUUAGGCCUUGCCAGUUAUUUUAGACGUUUUAUACAGAACUUCUCUAUCAUCGCCAAGCCGUUAUAUGACCUAUUACGAAAAAAUGUCAAAUUUGAAUUUACAAUGACACAUUUACAAGCUUUUGAGAAUUUGAAGUCAAAACUGACAUCAGAACCUAUUUUAGCAGUUUAUGAUCCGAGUAGGGAAACAGAACUACACUGUGAUGCAAGCCAAGUAGGCUAUGGAUCAAUUUUACUUCAGAAACAAAGUGAUGACAAAUUUCACCCAGUGUUUUUCUUUAGCAAGAGAACAACUGACUAUGAGUCUCGCUACCAUAGCUACGAACUUGAAUGCUUGAGUAUUGUGUAUGCACUUAAACGGUUUCAUGUUUAUCUACAGGGAAUCCCUUUCAAAAUAGUUACAGAUUGUGACAGUUUUCGCUUAACCAUGAGUAAAAAGGAUAUAAUUCCAAGGAUUAUGAGAUGGUGUUUGUUAUUGCAAAAUUAUGAUUACUCUAUUGAGCACAGAGUAAAUACAAGAAUGCAACAUGUAGAUGCCUUAAGCAGAGUGAGUUAUGUACUGGUAUUAGAAGGAAAUACUAUUGAACAAACUUUGGCUUUAAAACAGUCCAAGGAUACAGUUAUUUCAGAUCUUCGAAAAAGACUUGAGGAGACAGAUCAUCCUUUCUUUGAAUUAAGAAAUGGGUUAGUAUAUAGAAAACUGAAAGAUAACAUUGCAUUUUAUGUACCAGAGAGUAUGGAGUCAGCAGUUAUCUAUCACUAUCAUAAUGAAUUGGGUCAUUUCGGAACAGACAAAACAUUUGAAAUUAUUUCCAAGACAUAUUGGUUUCCAAAAUUAAAAUUUAAGAUUGGAAAUCAUAUUCAAAAUUGCUUAAAGUGUAUUGAAUUCAAUCCUAAAAGUGGCAAAUCAGAAGGAUAUCUACAUAGUAUACCUAAGGGCAAUUUACCUUUUGAAAUGCUUCAUAUUGAUCACUAUGGGCCAUUAGCUCCUUUUAAUAAGAAUAAAUAUAUAUUUGAAGUUGUUGAUGGGUUUACUAAAUUUAUUAAGUUCUAUCCUUGCAAAUCAACAAAUACAGGAGAAGUAAUUAAAUAUUUAACUGAACAUUUUGCCAAUUAUAGUGUACCGAGCGUUAUCAGUUCAGACAGAGGAUCUUGUUUUACCUCUCAUGAUUUUAAGAAAUUUUUGGAGGAGUAUACAAUCAAACACAUACUGAUUGCAAGUGGUUGUCCGAGAGCCAAUGGGCAAAUAGAACGCAUGAACAGGUUAUUGACACCUCUUCUAGCAAAGAUAACCGAUGAAAAACAAAUCAACUGGCCAAAUGCAUUACAUGAAGUGGAAUUCUGCAUCAAUAAUACAAUAAACAGAUCAACAGGAGAAACCCCAGCUAAGUUACUUUUUGGAAGAGAUCAAAUAGGAAAGAUUAGAGAUAAUUUAAGAGAAGCAUUACAAGAUAUUGAUAAGGAAGAACGGGAUUUAGAAAUGAUUCGAACUAAGGCAGAAACACAAAUAAUUAAGGCACAAAAUGUAAAUGAACAGUAUUAUAACAAGAAGCAUAAGGAGGCUCAAAAGUUUAAGGUGGGGCAAUAUGUUAUGAUUUCCAACGUAGACACAACCCCUGGAGUAGCUAAAAAACUUAUACCAAAAUUUAGAGGACCGUAUGAGAUUGUGAAAGAGCUACCAAAUGAUAGGUAUAUUGUGAAUGAUAUUGUUGGGUUCCAAACAACACAAGUACCAUAUGAGGGAAUUAUAGACAGUAGUAGGAUUAGAGCUUAUGAUAAAUAA